UAUGAAAUAAGCAAACCAAUAUUUUUUAUUAAAUGGUCAAAUGAUUCAGGGAUAUUAGAUUUAAUCAUUUAUAGGGAAAGGUCAAUUUGGACAAGUAAUUAUGAAGUACCAAUUUAGGUUUUUAAAGCAGUGAAAUUUGAGAAUCGUGAAAUAGUCGCCAUAAAACUUAUCUAGAAAAAGAGAUUUUAAGAUAAUGAUGGAAUUGUAGGACAGCUAGUAUAAUCAGAAAUUAAAGCUCUACAGUUAGUUAAGAGUGACCAUGUUGUCGGAUUUAUUGAGUCUUUCUAAGAUCUAGAAUAUUGCUAUAUAGUGAUGGAAUAUUGUAAUUGUAAACUUAAUUAACUAUUUUAAUUCUAGCUGGAGACUUGGAGCAACAAUUGAAGAAUCCUAAACUGAAACUGACCGAAAACGAUGCUAUAGGAAUUAUUAAGCAAAUUUUAAUGGGUCUAAGAGAUUUACAUUCAAAAUUUAUAAUUCAUAGGGAUCUUAAAUUGCAAAAUAUUAUGGUUCAUAAUAAUUCCAUUUACAAAAUUGCCGAUUUGGGAUUCUCUAAAGUCUUAUAAAAUGCAGUAUUAGACAUCUCAAUUAUUAUAGGAUCAAAAAUCCGUAUUAUAGUUGGGAACAUUAUUUACAAUGGCUCCAGAAAUAUUUAAUUAAAAUCAAUAUGGAUUAUCAUCAGACAUGUUUUCUGUAGGAGUCAUCUUUUAUUAGAUCCUAUUUGAUAGAUUUCCAUUUAAAUAAAGGGAUUACAUAUCGGAUAGUCAACGUAUAAGAAUUAUAUAUUAAAUUAUAGCAAACAUUAGCUUUUAGAAAAAUAAAAUUGAUGUGUCAGCUCACACCAUAAAUCUCUUGGAGAGAAUGCUCUAGUUCAAUCCUAACAACCGAAUCACUUUCAAAGAUUUAAUACGUCAUCCUGUUUUUGCUUCCGACAAACUUUUUUAUAGUACCUUUUUAAUUUUAACUCUAUUAGGUACAACCAGCAAAAUUUAAUUGCAAGCUAAUAUGAUUUCAUUUGAUGGGUAUCAAGAAUUUUAUUAGGAACAAUCAGGAAAAAUAGAGGCAAGUUAAUCCAAAUUGAUGUAUCAAUAACAACCAAACUAAUCAAUUGUUUAGAAGGAAGUGUAAUUAUAGAAAUCCAUUAAAUUUUUGGAUAUGUCAGAGAUAAAAAAUGAAAUUGCAGACAAUAUAUUAAGCUUGGAAAUAGAUAAGAUUAAUAAAUAGAUAAAUGAGAUGUACUUCUUUUCUAAUACAUUGCAAGAGGUUAUUUAAGUUCUUCGAUUUCCUCAUUUUAUGGAUAUACUGUGUAUUAAAAUAUAAAAACUAUGUUAAAGUAUUCUCAAAUUGAUUAAGGAGAAUAUUGAUCAAUAUAAAAAUCAAAAGCAAUAUAAAGAUGACUAUAGGUUACUUGUAGAAUAGAAUCGCGAAAUGGAAACUUAUAAUGAAUUAAUUUCAUAUUAUUUGUUAGAUGCCAAAGAGUAACUAACAUAAUUCUCAGAGGAAAGUUUAUAAGAUUAAAUAUCAUAGUAUAAUGAUGAAGAAUAAUAAUUUAAUAGAGGAUUCUUUUAAUAGAUAAUGAAUUAUUUAGAAGAUAAAAAUAAAUAAAUUAAUUUUGCCUUUGCUCAUGUAAUUUUAUGCUACUUAUAUUGCAAAACCAAAAAUCCAGACUUUAUCGAGUUUGAUUCAACAACUUUCAACCUUAAUCAAUCCUAAGAAUAAUACCCUAAUUAAAAUUAACUUUUAGCACGAAUUGAAGAAAAUUCCUCACUUUAAUAUUAUUUACAAUAUUGA